GCCGAGGCCCGUCGGGGGGUUCGGCGGCCGCCCUGCGCGCCUUGACGCCCUCCUCGCUGCUGCUGCUGCCCGCCGAGGCCGAGACCCGGCAGCGCCUCCUGCGCACCGCCAAGAAGGAGGUGAAACAGAUAAUGGAAGAAGCAGUCACGAGGAAGUUUGUGCACGAAGACAGCAGCCACAUCAUUUCCUUUUGCGCUGCCGUUGAAGCUUGUGUCCUCCACGGUCUCAAGCGACGGGCAGCUGGUUUCCUGCGCAGCAACAAGAUUGCAGCCCUGUUCAUGAAGGUGGGGAAGAGUUUUCCUCCUGCUGAAGAGCUGUCUCGGAAGGUGCAGGACCUGGAGCAGUUUGUUGAGAAUGUGCGAAACCAGGGUCCAGGUGUCCAAGAGAACAGUCGCAAGGCUCCAAAACUUCCCAGCCUGCCCCCACAGGCCAUCAAGCACCUCUGGAUCCGGACAGCACUUUUCGAAAAGGUCCUGGACAAAAUAGUGCACCACUUGGUGGAGAACAGCAGUAAAUAUUAUGAGAAGGAAGCCUUGCUGAUGGAUCCUGUCGAUGGGCCGAUCCUGGCCUCUUUACUAGUGGGGCCUUGUGCGCUGGAGUACACCAAGAUGAAAACUGCAGAUCACUUCUGGACUGACCCUUCAGCCGACGAACUGGUUCAGCGCCACCGGAUCCACCGCUCUCACUGCCGCCAAGACUCGCCCACUAAACGCCCGGCACUCUGUAUCCAGAAGAGACACUCCAGCGGCAGCAUGGAUGACCGUCUCUCUCUCUCGGCGAGAGACUACGUGGAGUCCCUGCACCAGAACUCCAGAGCCACCCUCUUGUAUGGCAAAAACAACGUCUUGGUGCAGCCGCGGGAUGAUAUGGAGUCUAUUCCAGGAUAUCUGUCCCUUCACCAGACUGCUGACAUCAUGACCCUGAAAUGGACCCCAAACCAGCUGAUGAAUGGGUCUGUGGGUGAUCUGGACUAUGAGAAAAGCGUCUACUGGGACUAUGCCAUGACCAUCCGCCUAGAGGAGAUUGUCUAUCUGCACUGCCACCAACAGGUAGACAGUGGGGGCACGGUGGUCCUGGUGAGCCAAGACGGCAUCCAGCGCCCUCCCCUGCGGUUCCCCAGAGGUGGCCAUCUCUUGCAGUUCCUCUCCUGCCUAGAAAAUGGGCUCCUGCCCCAUGGCCAGCUGGACCCACCUCUCUGGUCACAGAGGGGGAAGGGGAAGGUGUUUCCAAAGCUGAAGAAGCGAAACCCCCAAGGGACCUCAGAGUCUGCGUCGGACAAGGAAGAGGAGGAGGCAACCGAUUACGUUUUCCGGAUCCUCUAUCCUGGCAUUCAGUCAGAGUUUGCCACCCAGGACCUGAUAGAUGCCACAGGGAGCGCCCUUCCUUCUAUGUGGCAGCCGGGCACCCGCAAGUCCUCCUGCUCCUCCUGCUCCCAGAGUGGAUCCACCGAAAGUGGGCCCCCCAAUGGCUGCAACCACGAAAGAGCUCCCCUGAAGCUGCUCUGUGAUAACAUGAAGUACCAGAUCCUCUCUCGUGCAUUUUAUGGCUGGCUUGCUUAUUGCCGGCACCUCUCCACAGUGCGAACCCACCUGUCGGCGCUAGUGAACCAUGACAUUGUGUCUCCCAACGUGCCAUGCAACGCCAGUUUGGGACUGACCGUGGAGAUCUGGGAGAAGUUCCUGCAAGACAGGACGAGCUAUGAGGAGAAAGAGCUGUUGCGGCUUGUCUACUUCGGAGGGGUCCAGCAUGAGAUCCGGAGAGCAUUUUGGCCUUUCCUCCUCGGGCAUUAUCAGUUUGGGAUGUCGGAAGCUGAGAGGGAAGAGGUCGACAGCCAAAUGCGCGCCUGCUACGAGCAAACCAUGGCAGAGUGGCUGGGCUGCGAGGCCAUUGUCAGGCAGCGGGAGAAGGAAUCGCAUGCGGUGGCCCUGGCCAAGUGCUCCUCAGGGGCCAGCCUGGACUCCCACAUGGAGCGCAUGAUGCACCAAGAUUCAACUAUCAGCAACGAUUCUUCCCACAGCGGCGGUUCCGGCCCACAGAACCUGACUCGGCUGCAGAGCGACUCCAGCAGCAGCACCCAGGUGUUUGAGUCAGUGGAGGAGCUAGAACAGCCUGAGACAGAAGCCAAGCUUGAAGAGGGCCAACAGGCAAAGCUCUCCAGUGGGACAGUCCCUGAUGGCACCUCCUCCCCUGAUUCUGGCCACCCUUCUUCCCAGAACUUUUCUGUUGCCUCCGCGUACUCAGCGCACAGCUUCAGCACCGAGGACAGCGUGACGGAGGCUGGAAAAGCUGCAGUGUACCACUCUGCCCAGACAAGUGUGGAUGUGAGCCAGGGACCUCUCAACGUGGACAACUCCCUCUUGGGCGGGAAGCUAACGGGGGAAGGUCUGCCUGGUCAGGACAGCCUGGAGGGGGACUUUCCCACUAACGGCGGCAUAGAUGAGUUUAUUCUCAUGGGCAAGGAGUGCCCCCAAAAAGAGGGGGCCUCUCUGUCUAUGGUGGACAUGACGGACAGGUGGCCUGAGCUCAGCGCAGGGCAGCAAAACUCGAUGAGUGAAGACGACCUCUCGGAAGAGCCAGAAAUGGAAAGCCUGUUCCCACAACUGGAUUCGCACUCCCUAGCAGUCACUGACCUGACUGUCAGCGAAGUUUCACCUGCUUCCUCGUCAGGGGUCACCUACUCUCCGGAGCUUCUUGAUAUGUACACUGUGAACCUGCAUCGCAUUGAGAAGGACGUGCAGAGGUGUGACCGGAACUACUGGUAUUUCUCACCGGCCAACCUGGAGAAACUGCGCAACGUCAUGUGCAGCUACAUCUGGCAUCACAUCGACAUCGGCUACGUGCAGGGCAUGUGCGACUUGUUGGCUCCAUUGCUAGUCAUCCUGGAUGACGAAGCCAUCGCUUUCAGUUGUUUCACGGAGCUCAUGAGGAGAAUGAACCAGAACUUUCCUCACGGAGGCGCCAUGGACACGCAUUUUGCCAACAUGAGGUCCCUCAUCCAGAUUUUGGACUCUGAGCUAUUUGAGCUGAUGCACCAAAAUGGCGAUUAUACGCAUUUCUACUUCUGCUAUCGCUGGUUCCUCCUGGAUUUUAAGCGAGAACUUGUUUAUGAUGACGUCUUCUCUGUCUGGGAGACGAUCUGGGCUGCGGCACAGAUCUCCUCUUCGCAUUAUGUCCUCUUCAUUGCACUUGCCCUGGUGGAGGUUUAUCGGGACAUCAUCCUAGAGAACAACAUGGAUUUCACAGAUAUCAUCAAGUUCUUCAACGAAAUGGCUGAGCAUCACAACAGUAAACAGAUCCUGAAGCUGGCACGGGACCUUGUCUACAAAGUCCAGACACUAAUCGAAAACAAGUGAUUUGGGAGAUCAUCUGCCUUCAGAGAAGGAAGGGGAAUAAAACCAUUCUUGUGCACCUUUUAAGGCUGAAGAUAGCCACAGCAGUAUGUAAGACAGAGGGGGGAGGGGAGUCUCUCUCUACAUUGACUUGAGCAAACCCAUGGAGAUGUCGCAUCCCAGCCCAGCCAUUGUGCUGAUUUGCAUGGGCUGUGCUUCCGGCCACUGUCCACUAACUGUGUGUCCGCUGUGGCAAUUAACCAAAGAACUUGCAGGCUUCGCCUCCUUUCGCAUUCAAGUGAGGUGGAGCUUGACCCGGCCCAAGCCUUGUUGGAGAACAGAGGUGGGAGGGAAUAGCACACCUGUACAUAGGGGUGUUUGGUUUUGUGAUUGGAAAGGUGAGCUUGACAGCCUUGAACAGGCUGGGAUCUGUCACUGGUUUCCUUCCCUCCCUUCAGAUCUUCCUUCAGAGAAAGUAUUUUAAGCAUCUGGCACCUGUCCUUCUCCCAUCCCCAUCGUGGUCCAAAUGUGCAGGUCCCUAGUCUCGCCUCCACUGGAGAUUUGCCAUGAGCACAGCCAGUGUGGUGUAGUGGUUUAAGGUGUUGGACUAUGACCUGGGAGACCAGGGUUCAAAUCCCCACACAGCCAUGAAGCUCACUGGGUGACCUUGGGCCAGUCAUUGCCUCUCAGCCUCAGAGGGAGGCAAUGGUAAACCCCCUCUGAAUACCGCUUACCAUGAAAACCCUAUUCGUAGGGUCGCCAUAAUUCAGAAUCGACUUGAAGGCAGUCCAUCAUCAUUACAGGAUCUAAAUCUUGAACCUUUAAUAGGAAGGUGAGGCCUUGCCAAGAGUAGACCUUUGAUGGGGAAGCUUCCUUACCUUUUGUAGUGUACCAGUUUUUAUCAGUAGGUGGUCUCUGGGGCCUCAUCUGCCACUGAGGUCUGUCUGUCCCCUUCCUGAUUUCCCUAUAGUGACCCGCAAGUGCCCUGAAUCCCUGCCGCCAUGUUUCACUAGAAAGCUACAAAACAGACCAGGGCCAGGCUGGCCUGCUCCCUACUGCUCUGUGGGGAUGCUUGUCAUCAUGGUCUGCCCUUGACUAGACCCUGACCAGACUUGUUCUCCAAGACUGCACCUUUUCAGUGGGCCAAAGACUAAGCAUCCUUCCUUUCUUUCAGAAGUCAGAAAAGUCACGUUGAAUGUCCAGGGCCUUGAUGGUGUCUUGAAAAAGUUCCCUGUUGCUUCUCUCAUACACUUUCUGAGCCUCUGCCCUAGAUACCUCCUUGUAUUUCAAAACGGAAAGCAGCAGACUGUUGCUCUGGCCUGGCCUAAGUAGUUUCCAUUCUUUAACACUGAGCCAUGGGGGUUGGGGCAGGCCUCUUAAUCUACAUGCACUUUUCACCUGUCUUUAACAUUGUCCUUCUGAAUGAUGUAAUAUCACUCCUGUUACUUCCUGGAGAAUGUCUAAACACUUACUAGUAGGAUGUAAACCAGAGUUCUCCACCUGGCGCCCUCCAGAUGCUGGUGGACUCCAACUUCCAUCAUCUCCAGGUCAAGGAUGACAGGAGUUGUAACCCAACAAGCCCUGCAAAAGGCUGAUGUAGCCCACCAAUCAACAGAAUUGCUCCUGUGAUUCUUUUGAAAUUCCGGCUCUGUGUUGUCUCUGGCCAGCACCAGAUCAACCUCAGCUUGGAGUUUGGUUGUGUUGGGGGAACUCCACAGUAGUGUUGAGGACAAAUAUUUGAAUUGGUUUGUGUUCAAAACUCAGGUGUUUUUUAAAGGAGAGGGAGAGAGAAGCAGGGAGGGGAGAAAAUGGGUUUCCUGAUCAAAAAUCACCUGAAAAGUUCACCGUCAUGGCUAAGUGAGUGCCUAAACUUUCUGUUUGUUGUUGUCGUCAUGAAAAUGCUUUCCCCCUAGCCAGUAAAUGCGUAGCCAUAGUUGUUUCUCCCCUGACUAAAGUCGCUUAAACUGUGAUGCCAAACCUUUUUUUCUGUCCCACCACACAGAGUCUUGUGUGUUGGCUGCUCUGACUUGCAUGCUAAAACAGUCAAAGGGCUUCCCUUCCAAAGGGAGUAACCUUAAAUGGCCUCCCUCCUCUUUCAAAUGGGGUGUGGGGAAUGUACGUGCCCAAACUUUGCAAAGUGGCCAGUGCUUGGCAGCUGCACUUCAAAGCAGGGGGUAUGUUUCCACAGCAUAUUCAAACUGGUGUAACUAUCGUGGCUCCCCUCUGCAAAGCUGUGAGAAUUUUAGUUUGGAGAGAGAACCGCUGGCCUUGGCCAGGCCACUUUCUUGCUCUUCAGCUUUGGCUCCCAAGCUAUAAAUCCCAGGGUUCCUAGAGGUGGCUGGGAGCGUGGGAGCCAUGACAGUUUGACCCGUACAGAGACUCUCAUAGAUAGAAGAUUGGUGGGCAGGACAAUACCUGCUUGAUCCCUUGCCCAGUGAUGGUUGAACUUGGACUUGCCAUGGUCUUUGGUGGCUUGUUGAACUUCCAUAAAGCGCACUCAGUGGAACGCUCCAUUUUUCGUGCAGUUAUUAAAGAAGCAGUCACCACCUCCAGAGCAGACAUAGGCAUAGGCUCAGGUUCAGCCAGAGACUAAAGCACAAAAAAAUCCUGUCCCUGGAUGGUCCCAUCUGGUGGGCUUUCCCCCCUAAAACAACAAAUUAUGUUGUUUCAAAACAAAUUACUUCCUCCUGUUCUCGAGCGGAUCUGCCUUACGACUCCCCCCACCCUGAGCUCUUUCUGGGAGAUGGCAGAGCAAGAUAUGUUGGGGGACUGAAGGAUCCGUGCAGUCUCUGUGUGAGUGUGUGGGCGUGCAUGCGUUGUGAUUGUGCUGGGCUUUCUAACUUCAGAUGCUGGCAUUUCUGCCCUUUUCCCUUAAAAGCACAACCUUUAGCUAGUGACCUGUUUCUCAAAUGCAAACCUUUGCACUUGGCAAGCUCCAAACAAGAGAAAAUUAAGCUGGCUGACUGGCCCUUUGCUUGAUAGGGCAGAGUAUUUGCCAAACAAAAUUUGAAGAGCCAGCUGCCCUGGAGACAGCAACCAGAUUUGGUGUGAUGUAGUGGAAAGAGUGUGGGACCCUGACUCCGUUCAAAUCCACACUCACAGAUGAAGCUCUUUGGCUGGUCAUUCCUUGCCUGUUUGACCUACCUAACAGGGUGGUCAUGAGGACAGAAUAGUACACACACUGUCCCUCCUUGAAAGGAGGAUGAGAUGCAAAUGUUUAGGAUGCAUCUACAGUGGGAUUCCCCUUCUCCUCCCCCAAGGUUAGUCCGACCCUUUAGUUUUUCUGGAAUCCCCUUUUAAAUUAUGUUGUUUCAAAAGCCAGCUGAGGAAUCGAGCCCAGCGCUUGCUGCCCAUGCUAUCAGAGAGCAUAUUUUGGCCAUUUGAUAGCAGCCUUGCUUUGUGUGUGUGUGUGUGUGUAAGUGUGUUUUGGAGGAGGGCACUUUUAAAUGCAAAGCAAAUGUUACUUAUUUACAUGUAUUUAUUGAUUCUCUCUGUGUGACCUGAACUGUGUGUGCGUGUGUGUGAAGCGUUAUGCAAACAGAGACAUAUUUUUUUCAGUGUUGCUAAACAUACCUUGUAAACGUUUAACAGGAAAUUGUGUCUGUUUCUACAUAUCUAUAUCAUAUAGAUUGAAAUAUUAUAUGUACAGUGUAGAAAAUACAUAUCUGUGAAUUAGGCAGGGCGGUAAGAAAUACUUGCUUUUGAGAACUAUGUGCUUGUCUUGAGAGCACCCCUCUGUUUCUCAGAUGCCAAAAUUCUGUCUGUUUGUGUGUUGGUGGGAAGGGGGGGAGAGAAUUAGUUAUUGUUCUGCUACACUUCAAAGCCUGCAGACAGAUACUAGUUUGCAAGCAACAGUAGUCUGAGGGAGGCUUUGCGUCCAUGAUGUGCAAAGUUACAUGUCUCUUGUCCCACCAUCACUUUUGUCGAAGAGGUUUGGCAGGUUUUUGAAGCCCUACAGAAACCUUCCAAACUUUGUUGACCAAAUGUGAAAGUGAGAUAUGAGUGCAUACCACAAGCAGUGAUCCCUUUUUCACACUACCUAAAAAAACGAAACAGGAAAGAAACACCUAAUUUCAAACUUGCAACCCUUCGGGUUAGUUUUCACAUCGCAAAAUCCCUACUCAGAAAGCGGCCCUGAGAAACUGCCCUGUUUGUAUAUUGUUUCACACAGGAAUGUGGGCAGCGCUUGGAUUUGCCCUCCACUCCUGCAGGAACCUGCCUUCUGUGCAGAAAUUCUGCAGUGGGGAGCCUUUCGAUUUGGUACCAACUAUGGGAUACAAAUGUUUAUAAUCUCCUGGGCAGGGCAAUCACCCAUGCAAGCCCCAUGAUGAUGAACAUUAGAGGAAUGCUGGUUUAUUUUGGUGAGAUCUGCGUUGGGAGCUAAUGCCUGUAGGAUUUCUGACAGGAGAACCCACAUCCUGGAGCUCGUGCUGUCUAUGCAUGUUAGAGCCCCAUGUGAAGCCUUGGGCAGGGGAGAGUAAAGCCAGAUGAUCUUCUUUAUGAUCCUUUUAAAAAAUGUUAAACUGCCGCAGGGGGAGCCUUUGUGGUGCCCUCCAGAGGUUGCUGGACUCCAUUUCCCAUUUUCUCUGACUAUGGGGCCUGCUGCCAGGGCUGAGGAGAGUCGGAGUCCACAACUUUUGCAUAAAACCACAACAGAGCAUGAUUAUAUUUCAGCUGCAGUAGAAUUAAUCUGACAGCCCACAGCUGAAUGCCUGACUCUGGUUUUCUAGUUGCUCUCAAAAUGCAGAGUUUUAUAUUAUUUUCAACCGUGGCCAAGCACAGCAUCAGGCAAUUGUUCCUCUAUGUCUUUUUCUUUCCUUCUGGUUGCAAGCUUUGUUGUGUUUUAUUUGCAAAUGUCUUAAUUUUUUUAAGUUCCCAGUCUAGAAAGGAGAUAAAGCUUAAAGCAGCAACACAACCUCUGAAGAUUUGUUAUUCUUGUUGAUAUUUUGGAAGAUAAAUCUCUGCCCAUUAGUUUUGGUGACGGUUUGCCAAAUUUCAAUAUAAAUGCAUACGGAGAUACUAAAAGAGCACAAUUUGGUUGUGAAUGUAAUGCUGAUUCAUGUGGCUCCUACGCCCCCCCCCCGUUCCAAUGGGGUUCAGGCAGGAGCUGUUCUGUGAUGGAAAUUUUGGUGAUGCUUACCACAGAGCAGUUUUAUAAACAUUUCAGAGCAGAUGGGCUGCUAUUUGCCUGUUUGGAAAAGCAUACCCCCUACUGUUGCAACACUCUCUCUGCUUUCUCCUACAUUGGAGCCAAGCUGAUGUUGGUACCUGUUGUGUUGUAUGUAGUACUAUAGAGCACCAGAUGUUCUUGUCUGUUCUUCAGGUUUAUGUAACAACUAGAUCUAGGGCCUUCUCGGUGGUGGCCCCCGAACUAUGGAAUGCCCUCCCAGACGAGAUACACCUGGCGCCUUCUUUGUUAUCUUUUCGGCGCCAGGUAAAAACCUACCUUUUCGCCCAGGCUUUUUAAACAUUUUAAAUUUAAUUUUAAACCUAAUAUGGAUUUUAAUUUAUAAACUCAUGGCAAUUCUAUUUCGGAUUUUUAUCAUGUUAUAUUUUUCACACUUGCUCAUAUUUUAAUUGUGAUUUUAUUUGUUGUACACCGCCCUGAGAGCUUUCUGCUAUAGGGCGGUCUAGAAAUGUAAUAAAAUAAAAAUAAAAUAAAUAAAUAAGUAAGGUGCUGGAAGAAACACAAAGUUUUUCAAUAGGCUGACUGUGGAUCGUGAAAUAGUCAAGUGGGAUGUUUGAAAAUUACAAUUCCAGCCAGCUCUGUUUUAGAGCAAAAAACUAGCACCAAGUUCAUUGUCCAACAUUAACCUGAUUUGAAGAUCUUAAGACAAAUAUCCAGAACCAGUGGUGGCUCUCCAGAUGUUGCUGGUCUCCCAUCAGCCCUAGCCAGCAUUGCCAAUGAUCAGGGAAUGUGAUGGGAGCUGUAGCCCAGCAACAUCUAGAGGCCACAGGUAUCCUGUUGGUGCCUUCAGGGAAUAUGAAGACUAAAGCAGAGAACAUGUAUUGCCUGCGCUUUAAUUUAGGUGUGCCUCUGUUUUGCAGCAUGUCUGGAUUCUUGCCCCAAGUUGCUUAUGUGCUGUGAUGUGUGCACGCAUAUCCUGCAUAUGGCGGGGUGGUGAUGGUGGCAUCCCCAUUCAUUUCAACGGGGCUAAAUCUCAUGCAUAAGGAAGAACUGAGAUGGUGAUGCCCUUGUGAGUUCUGUGUGCAUCUAGAUCAGCCCUUGCCAACCUGGUGCUCUCCAAAUGUUUUAGGCUACAACUCCUAGCAGCCCCAGGUAGCAGGGCCUUCCUCCCAGCAGCCCCAUCAUCACACAGCCCUGCUGGGUAGGGCUGCUGGGCGUUGGAGUCCCAACAACAUGUGGAGGGCCACCAGCUUCACACCCCUGGUCUAGAGCUGCUCCAUGUGCAUUAACAAUUGCUGGGUUGAGGUCCAGUGCCAGAAAUCACCAGAGCUUGAUUUCUAAAAUGGGAGGUUCUGAGGCUCAGUUUUGACCAAAAGAAACACCCUGUUGAACCGGAAGCUUAAAUGGGAGUUCUGGUUGGAAUCUUUGUGUGUGUGUGUGUGUGUGUGUGUGUGUGUGUGUGUGUGUGCGUGCGUGUGUGUGUGUGUGUUUUUGCACCCAGCAACACAAGGAGGUUCUUCAGGUACCAUUUUUGGAGCAACAAAACAGAAGAUCUAUGAAUGUAUCAUGUUGAGUGAUUGUUGCCUAACACGAGUUGCUGCUGGUGUGUGUGUGUGUGUAGGGGGGUCUCUUUUUGGCCAUUCUGGAACCAUGAGAUGCCCUGACAACAUUGCUUUUAUGGUCUCUUCAACAAUGGAAAUGCUGCUGAAGUAUUUUGCCUGUUUGCCUUCUGCCCUGUGGCAUAAUCUCAGUUAUUUUUAUUUUUUUUUAAUUAUGCUUUUGUUAAUUGAUGUUAAUUGUAACUUAUUUCUGUGGGGCCAGAA